GUACCUGGUCGAGCUUUCAUCAGCUAUGCCAUGCCAUGACCCAUGUGAACGUGUUUUGGAGAGAGACUUGAGUCUGAAAUGACUAUGUUCCCGAGCUGAGACCAUUGGAGCUCCGGAGACAGAGUGUGCUCCAGGAUCAGUUCACGUUCACGUCAGUGUCGUCUGAACAGCCUCCUGCAAGAACGCGUCAUUUCCAACUCCAUCUAAUUAUUGUUAUCUGACCAGAGACGUGGACGUACAUUAGUCACUUUUGUUAACUACUGGAAGCAGUUUGUCAACCUCAUGCUCAUCCCCUCUUCUGUCAGAGAUUGGUCAAUGCAAGUACAGUAAUUAUUGAUUGCGAAAUCAGAUUACUCAGGUAAAACCGAGUGCAAGUGAUCAUCAGGUUUUAGUCUGGGCGUGCGUCCCAACUGUACCGGCCGUAUACUUCGCAUGAUCACUUCUUCUCCGGCCUGGCACUUUAAUGUACUUGUCAAGAAGUAGUUGUUAGCUGCAGAAUACCACUAUUUUGGAUCGUCAGCUGCCUGCUAGAAUGUAUGUUGUUUCGUUCUGUUUCCUGCUGGCAGUGGACUGCCUAGCUGUAGUAUGCACGUGGAUUACAGCAGACAAGCUAGACUCCGAUUAUUUCGUUGACCACAUCACACAUUUUAAGUUCCGCACUGGGAUCUUGGAUGCAGUUGUGUUGGCCCUGGUGCGGAUGGCGGUAUGCUGCGCAUGUGCCAUCAGCAUUGAGAAGCUCGUGAAGCUAUCCGGACGUGAUAUGCACAACAAGGAACACCAAGACAACAUAACCGUUCGCCGCCGCGUGACGGGGCUCGUGCUGGGAGCGUGCGCGCUGUUCUUCGUCGUCAAGCUAGUGAUGGUGAUACUGAACCAGGUGGAUCGGCACGUUCCAGAGCACGACAAAAUGGACUUGUUCUAUCUGAUCGGACUCAGUGUCACUGCUGGUCUCUGCUUUCUGGAAAUUGCAGUCUUUGCCUACGGCUGGCGAGCAAUGCACAGAUUGCGCAAUCGAGUGAUCCUGGAAGCCAGCGAAGAUGAGUCUCGUGAAGGCAAUGAUGCUGAAGGUAGCGAUGGUAAGGACAGUAAGAAGAAGAAAGUCGAUUGGAAGCGAAUGGGAUCACUUAUGCGCCGGGAACUCGAACUACUCCUUCCAGGCUGUUUCUUUCUUCUACUCUCCACGGCCAGCACAACACUGGCACCGCGUUUCUUCGGCGAGGUCGUUGAUGCUACUAGUGCUACCAAUCAUGCGCAAGCACAUGUGAACAAGAAGAUCUUGAGUUUGACCGUAGUCUUCAUGGUGGGUGCAGUUGCUGCAAUGUUCCGUAGCUACUUGUUUACUUUGGCUGGCCAGAGGUUGGUGGCUCGAAUUCGCGUCGAUCUGUACAAGGCAAUCAUUGACCAGGAAGUGGCUUACUUUGAUCUGAACCGAACUGGAGAUCUUACUAAUCGUUUGUCAUCCGACACGCAAGUGUUGCAGAACGCCCUUACAGUCAACAUCUCCAUGUUGAUACGCAACUGCCUUAACGUCAUGGCCUCCAUGGGCUUCAUGAUGGCGCUCAGUUGGAAGCUGACACUGGUGCUGUUGUCGAUUGUGCCUGUUAUCGCUAUUGGUGCUGUUCAGUAUGGUAUUGUCUUGAAAUCUGUACGCAAGAGUUUCCAGGAAGAGCUGGGCAAUGCGUCAACGGCCGCUGAAGAAACAAUCAGCAGCAUCCGCACAGUGCGAUCGUUUUCCAACGAAGACAGAUCCAAAGACGAUUAUGCCAAGCAUAUUGAUAAGAGCUAUAUGUAUGGCAAGAAACUAGCAAGAGCCAUUGCUUCUUUCACUGGAGUCGUGGCAGUCAUAUCUCAGGGAGCCAUUGCCCUGGUUCUGUGGUAUGGUGCCAAGCUGGUGGUUGAUGGACACAUCACCAAGGGAAUUCUGUUCUCAUUCAUGCUGUAUACGAUCACCAUUGCCGCCGCGUUUGCAACUAUCACCAGCUUGUACGGCGACUUUAUGCAGGCUGUUGGCGCCUCUACCCGCAUUUUCGAGCUCAUGGACCGGCAGCCGGAAAUGAACUGCAAGGGUGGUGUCUCCAAGGAUACCCUGCAGGGCCGUAUUGUCUUUGAGGAUGUUCACUUCACGUACCCGUCGCGCCCAGAGACGGAGGUGCUGAAGGGUCUCUCAUUCUCGGUAAAGCCUGGCACUGUGGUGGCCAUGGUUGGCCCAUCUGGCGGUGGAAAGUCCACCGUCGUCAGCCUAAUUGAACGGUUCUAUGAUCCUAACUCUGGAACUAUCCUGCUAGGGGACACAAAGCUGGACCAGCUGGACCCAUCCUGGUUCCGGCAGCACGUGGCCCUAGUCGGUCAAGAGCCAGUUCUCUUUGCAUACACCAUUGCGGAGAACAUUGCCUAUGGGCGAGCGGCCACACGUGAAGAGAUUGAAUCAGCAGCUCGCAAAGCCAAUGCUCAUGACUUCAUCACGGCAUUUGAGGACGGAUAUGACACGCUUGUCGGUGAGCGCGGUGUUCGUUUGUCCGGCGGCCAGAAGCAACGCGUUGCCAUCGCCCGUGCCCUGCUCAUGGAUCCGUCUAUUCUUCUUCUUGAUGAGGCUACCAGUGCACUGGACGCUGAGAGUGAGUUUCUGGUUCAGGAUGCCAUUGAUCGUGCAAUGGAGAACCGCACCGUGCUCGUCAUUGCCCACCGCUUGUCCACCGUUCGAAACGCAUCCAAGGUUCUGGUAAUGAAGGGUGGGUGUAUUGUGGAGGAGGGUACGCACGAUGAGUUGAUCGCCAUCAAUGGUGUUUACAAGCGCCUUGUCCUGAGGCAGUUGGCAGGUAAGGGUGAUCAAGACCUGUUGAUUUCUGGCACUGGCAAUGCCCUUCUUGGAACAAAGCCAAUCAACGCCGAAGAUGACAGCAGUAGUGAGGCGGAUGUCAACGCCACCGAAGAUGACAUCAGCCGUCGGACAGAGGUUACUACUAGUACUAGUGCAGCCUUGUACACAAGUACUAAGGUUUAGCUGAGACAAUUGCUAGACAUGCGUGAGUACAUGCUUGCAGCGUGUUUUAGUGAAUACCUGCGCAGCUGCUGCUGCAGUGCCUAGCUGCGAGCUCACCUCUCUGUGAGUUAUCGGUCUCCUUACCAGCUCUCUCUCUCUCUCUCUCUCUCUCUCUCUCUCUCUCCUUCUCCGUCCCUGCCCCUUCACCUGUACCCAUCUUCCGUCCUUGGCCUCUGGGCCUGAAGAGUAAUGAAAUUGCCCCAAUUGGAAAAUCCCAACUUUUGCACUAUUUAUCCUCUCAAAGUCUAUUCAUGCUAUUGUGUGUGCUCUGUUACAUAAUCUACGUUGACUCUAAAACAAUAUUUAUAGUCUAUGCAUGUGCUGGCAAUUCAGUACGCACAUUCACAUCAUCCUCUAGUCAUAAGAUUAGUACUCCUGGUGGUGUGUGACCGAGUUGCCACUGCUGUCCCUGCUCUCCAUAUAUGCAUAGUGUUACGACAGUAGUGGCCGGUCUGGCCUUCGUACCGACUCGAGUAUUUCACAGUAACCGGUUAGCCAUAUUACAAUAUUUAGUAUUAUAUUAAGUAUUAUAUUAGCAGCUGUUUUCUACCUUUUCUUACCACUUGUAUGUUUUGAACGGAUUUUGACACCUAGGUUGUCUGGCAAGUUUAAUUGUCAGUGUUACUCUGCACGUCUGAGUGCAUUUUUUUCGAGUUGUUUACUUUCAAUAUUUUUUUCGUUUUCUCCGUGUGGGUCUAGAGCUUUCUGGUUUAGAUGCUGUUACAAGAUAGUAAAGAUUAUAAUGAUUAUAAAAAUCUGUUUCAAGA